GUCUGAGUCACAGUCAGUUAUCAACAAGUUGUUAUUGAGGGUGUAACUACAUUUUUAUUUUAUUUUUAUAUAUAAUUUGCAAUUCUACAUUUGAAACUUUUGUUUCGACAACGAGAUGGUCGUGUGCAAGUUCUUUCUGCAAGGGACGUGCAAAUUCGGUGCGAACUGCAGGUUCGAGCAUCCAGUGAAUCAACAACCUAAUAAUGGUGGUCAAGCAGCCAUCACUGAUUUAAACACACUGAUUAGGGCUGUGCAGGGAGACAUGAGCAAUGCAGAGAAGGGUGGACAGUGGGUGUUGACUUGCUAUGCUCCGUUCAAGGAGAAGCCAAUGUUUCCAGGUUUCGAGGAUAUGAGCUACGAGGAGGUCAGGGUGGGAUUCUACGAGGCCACCAAAUCAGGAACAUUGGAUGCUUAUAAACAACAAUUGCAAGGACUAUUGCAAGCUGCUCUGCAGAAGAUUCGAGCGCUGCAGAAUCCAUCCGCGGAUCUUGUGAACCUUCUUAAGGAUAUAUACAAUUCGCCAGUUGCGGGAAGUUUUCAAGGCGGCACCAACGUGAGUAGCAACAGUAACGUUUUCGGUGGGGCGCCGCAGGAGAAGAAGGGUUUUGGAGCGUGUCCACCGUACAGCAGCCCGUUCGGAGGAUCCGCAGCAUCCAAUAGUCCGUUCGGUGGGGGGGGCGCCCAGCAGAAUCCGUUCGGCGCUCAAAGUGGUCAAUACAACAAUGCUCAAUCGGGACUUUUCGGCGCGGCGGUACCCAGUAACAGUCCUUUCGGUGGGGCGGCAGCAACACCAGGUCCGAGUGGACCGUUCGGAGGGACGACGGCACAAGGUGCGAAUGGACCUUUCGGUGCAGCCGUUCCCGCCACUGGGAACGUAGCGUUUGGGCAGGCGGCCAGCAGUCCGUUUGGGGCUCAAGUCGCAAAUCCUUUUGGCGGUCAAGCGGCGACUGGGAACAGUCCUUUUGGGGCGGCGCAAAGCGCUGCUGGCAACAGCCCGUUCAGAGCUCAGCAAAGUGCCACGAGCAAUCCGUUUGGAGCACCGCAGGCGGCGAAUCCGUUCGGGGCACCUCAACAACAAUCACCGUUCGGGAUGAUUGCCGCCAAUAGUCCGUUCGGUGUUCAACAACCCGUAGCCACCAGCAACAGUGUAUUUGGGGCGGUUCAGCAGCCGGUAGCUGCUAGCAAUAGUUUAUUCGGGCCUGCACAGCACCCGGUGGCUACGAAUAACAGCAUGUUUGGGGCGGCGCAACAACCGGUGGCUACCAGCAAUAGUCUAUUCGGGGCGGUUCAACAACCGAUUGCUCCAAGCAACAGUUUAUUUGGGGCUGCUCCUCCGGGCAAUAACGUUUUCGGUACGUUUGGGCAACCAUCUACGUUCGGAGCUAGCAGUCCUCCGUUUGGUGGGCAACAACAACAACAGCAGCAGCAGCAACCUUUCGGCGGACAAACUUCGAAUUUUGCGGUAGAACAGAAGAGUUCGUACGGACAACCCGUCGCGCAAAUGCAGAACAGCCCAUUCGGUGGACCGCCCCCGCAGACCGCCCAAAGCAACAGCAUAUUCGGGGGCGGCGUUGCCCAGCAACAGGUCGCGAUAGACGCGCACUUUUACUCGAAGAGGGAGGAGCUCAGCGAAGCCGAGUUGGCGGCCUUCCAGAGCUCCGCCUUCGAGUUCGGAAAGAUACCGGAACACCCGCCCCCAUCGGAGAUGUGCAUUUAAUUUUCGGAACGAUGACGACAAGAAGAACAACAACAACAAAAGCAGCAGCAGACAAUUUUCUCUUAUAUGUUUUUAUUCUGUUAUUAUUUAAACGACAAAGUGCUUCUUCGGUCAGGCCUCGGUCGGGGCCAUCUCCUUGGAUUUG